AUGGAAUUUCCGAUCCGGAUUUUGGUUCUUUUUGCAUUGCUCGCUUUUCCGGCAUGCCAAGGUGCAAUCCGCAAGUACACAUUUAACGUGGUAACGAAGCAAGUAACGCGGCUUUGUUCAACGAAACAGAUCGUUACCGUUAAUGGUAAAUUCCCGGGACCCACAAUCUACGCUAAUGAAGACGACACAAUUCUCGUUAACGUCGUUAAUAACGUCAAGUAUAACGUCUCUAUCCAUUGGCACGGAAUAAGACAAUUAAGAACCGGUUGGGCCGAUGGACCGGCUUACAUAACCCAAUGUCCAAUCAAACCGGGUCACAAUUACGUGUAUAACUUCACGGUCACGGGACAACGUGGCACGCUCUGGUGGCACGCACAUGUACUCUGGCUCCGAGCUACGGUUCAUGGUGCUAUUGUGAUUCUGCCUAAACCGGGUCUACCUUACCCGUUCCCUAAACCACACAGAGAAGAAGUUAUCAUUCUAGGUGAGUGGUGGAAAUCAGAUACCGAAACGGUUGUUAACGAAGCUCUAAAAUCCGGUUUAGCACCAAAUGUCUCAGAUGCUCACGUCAUUAAUGGUCAUCCUGGUCUUGUCCCAAAUUGCCCAUCACAAGGUAAUUUUAAAUUAGCGGUGGAGAGCGGGAAAACAUACAUGUUACGGCUAAUAAACGCAGCGAUGAACGAAGAGCUCUUCUUCAAGAUCGCCGGCCACCGUUUCACCGUCGUGGAAGUGGACGCCGUUUACGUCAAACCCUUCAACACCGAUACAAUCCUAAUCGCUCCCGGUCAAACAACCACCGCAUUAGUCUCCGCUGCUCGUCCUUCCGGUCAAUACCUAAUCGCUGCCGCUCCAUUCCAAGAUUCCGCUGUAGUCGCCGUAGACAAUCGCACCGCAACCGCCACCGUUCAUUACUCCGGUACACUCUCCGCCACACCAACCAAAACCACUUCACCUCCGCCUCAAAACGCUACUUCCGUGGCAAACACGUUUAUUAAUUCACUCCGGAGUCUCAAUUCAAUCACAUAUCCGGCUAAAGUUCCCAUCACCGUCGAUCAUGAUCUGUUAUUCACCGUUGGAUUAGGAAUCAACCGUUGUCACAGUUGUAAAGCCGGGAACUUUUCACGUGUAGUCGCCGCGAUAAACAACAUUACAUUCAAAAUGCCUACCACUGCUCUGCUUCAAGCACAUUACUUUAACCUAACCGGAAUCUACACGACCGAUUUCCCCGGAAAACCACACCGGUUUUUCGAUUUUACCGGAAAACCGCCUUCGAAUUUAGCAACCAUGAAGGCUACUAAGCUUUACAAGCUCCCUUAUAAUUCGACGGUGCAAGUUGUUUUGCAAGAUACAGGAAAUGUGGCUCCAGAGAAUCAUCCUAUUCAUCUUCAUGGAUUUAAUUUCUUUGUGGUUGGUUUUGGAAUUGGGAAUUAUAACUCUAAAAAAGAUUCUAAGAAAUUUAAUCUGGUUGAUCCGGUGGAGAGAAACACCGUCGGUGUACCUUCCGGUGGUUGGACGGCCAUCAGAUUCCGAGCAGAUAAUCCAGGGGUUUGGUUUAUGCAUUGCCAUUUAGAGGUACACACAACAUGGGGAUUAAAGAUGGCUUUCUUGGUGGAAGACGGCAAAGGCCCAAACCAAUCAAUUCUUCCUCCUCCAAGUGAUCUUCCCAAAUGUUGA